AUGUCCCUGUAUUGUUGGGAAGACGACAAGCUCGAAGCCGACGACCUUCUCAACAACACUCUCUCCCAGGGUGCCCGGACCACUCGCGCCCUGCAGGCCACCUACGCUCGCGACCCCGCACCCGCUUCGGAUGCGUCGUGGCGUUCAAGCUUCGGAGACCGGCAGCUACAGCCACCUGUAAGUAUGACCACCCAAAACUUUGCUACGCAGUGUCAGAUUGACACCAAGGACGUCGAGUCCUUUCCCGAUGAGAAUCCACAAUGGUCCGCAGACGGUCGAAAAGCCUAUCGCUCACCCCUUCAUACUAGCUACGACAUCCCCUUGGAUUGA